UAGGAAAGAUACCGACCUCUUAUGUAUGCUAUGAUUUCAGUUAUUUGGUAUUUGAGUAUAAACGUUAGAAUCUUUGCAAACCAUCAUCUUUUUAAGCAAUUGUUAUGGCCUUGUAUGAUAGAACUUGCUAAGUGUCACAACCAAAUGCUAAGGUGCAUCCUAGCAAUCUACAUGGUUGCCGUUAGGCACUUUCUCCUUUGUAAUUCUUUUGCUGUAUUUGUGCCAUGUUUAUUUACAGGUACUGGUUAUAUGCUGCUGUUUGCUAUAAGUGUUUGUUGGUGACAAAUGAUGAAAUGAGGGACCACUUGUUUCAGUUGCUAGGGACUUCCUUUUUUCCAAGAUGGAAGGAAAAGCAUCAGGUCCGACUCUCAGUAUCGCGAUCUGGAAUUGCUUUGCAGAUGCCUCCUCCCUACUCAAUUGUUAUUCAGGAGUCAGAAAAUGGUAGUUGGCAUGUUCCGACAACCACAAAUGAUGAUCUUGAGACCCCAAGGCAGUGGUUAUGUGCCACCCGACCCAUCAAAUCAUGAUUCAUGGCUAUGUUCAACAGGGAUGGGUUACAUCCAACGUAUGUUGGCACGCAUUCUUGCAUGAACGAGCAUGUGUACGAGGAAUGAAUCAAUAGAUUCAUAAUAUUCAUUUCUACUGUGCUGUAUUUUUCAAAUAGUAAUCAUACCUCAUGGAAUAAAGGAGUCAUUUUUCAACUUACCAUUUUCUUCUGUGAAAGUUAUAGCUUCCCCUGUGUAAUAGUUGGGAAAUGAGAAAAUAGUUUGUUCAAUGAAUCAAUGAGCAGCCAACCAUCAGAUUUUGUUUGUUUUCCA